AUGUCUUCCCCAAAGUGUUACAAGAUGAACCCUGCCAACGUGGAGGUAAACCUUAGACUGGACGAAGACAGGGUCGCUCACAUCGAGAUCAAACUUGCCCUUCCCCCCGUGCCACCCUCAGCGGAAAACUACUCUGACAAAGACCUUGCCGCUGCAUCCAGCUCUACUGGGGUGAAGCGCAAGCGUGACACUACCCCAGAACGCGAGCAGGCAAGUCCAGCUACCGACGCCAUUGACUCGGACUCCUGGUCUACUGUUGACGAGUCUCCUCUGCCUCGGCUUGGAAGUGAGGAAGUUGAUGACAAGCGUCAGACUCCUCGCGGUGCAAUGGCUCCCCUGGAUCCCCUGGAGCUACCUGACCUCCCACCCAUUACCACCCCCAACUCACGUGUUUGGGAAUCUCAUCGUCCUUCGAAUUUGGACUUCACCAUUUACGAAGACCCCAAGGACCAGGAGACCCCCAACGUCAGCCCUUUGCAGAAGGGCUUCCACGGUAUCGAAGAGGAUAAAGAGAACAUCUUCCUCACUAGCUCCGACUAUGCUAACUCUGAUGAAGAAGAGGAAGACACUCGACCCAACCUCGCUGGACGUGAAGCUUCUAUCGGCCUUCUUGAUGCCUUCGGUCUGCCCCUCAAUCGUGAAAUGUCUGAUUUCGUCCGACCUACCACCAACCCAAUCCACGAGCGUCACAUGCGCCGCGGUCGAGAGGUCCUUCGAACCAUCUGGGUUGAUGCGCCACGAGUUCCCGAGGAGAAUAAUGGUCGGCUGCGUAAUGACACUGUGACUGACACCCGGGUUCAGGAGGUUGAGCAAAUUGAAGAGAGCAUCCGACGAGGACGAACUAGACUCCGCUCUGAUCGUCAGCCUGCUUUUCGUGAGAAUGCCCCGUUCCAGGAUCCGGCCAACUUUGACAAUGUUCGCCGCGUCCUUGAUUUCCAGCAGCCCGAGGCUAGUCGCCCUGCCACUCCCGAGCUAAACGAGGGUCAUCGCUCUGUCAUCCCCGAGGAAAUCGAGGAGCCCCUGCAGCACCAGCCGGAGCAGGACCGGGGUCAGUAA